AUGUCGCAACUCGUCGGCAAGACCCGUCUCGCCUACUCGCGCACAUGGCACUAUGUCGACGCCGGCGCCGAUGAACGGUCCCUCGGCCGUCUCGCCUCGUCGAUCGCCCUCGUUUUGAUGGGCAAGAACAAGCCCAUCUACGACCCUUCAACAGACUGUGGUGACUAUGUGGUGGUUGUGGGAUGUCAUGAUCUCAAGACAACGGGAAAGAAGCGAUUCCAGAAGAAGUACUACACGCACACGACGCGGCCCGGUAGCUUGAAGAGCAUGACGAUGGACCAGAUGUUUGCCAAAUGGGGUGGUGGUGAAGUCCUGCGCCGCGCUGUCAGGGGCAUGUUGCCUAAGAACCGACUGAAGGAUGUCCGCCUCGCUCGAUUGAAGACUUUCGAAGGCGCCGCCCACCCCUACAAGGAGAAUAUUGUCAAGUUCGGCAACCAAUCGGUGAUUGGAAAUCUCCCCGAAGUGCAGGAAGCAUUCAAAGAAGCCGCCGACAAGCCAAGCGCAUAA